AUGAAAGUAAAUCUUUUUUUGAAUUUUAGUGUGAGGGAGUUAAUUUUCUGUUAUGAUAAAAUAAGUUAUUUCUUUCUGCUUCCAUUUACUGGAUGA